CUCACCACGCGAUAAUAUGGAGCCCAUGCGUCGUCCUGGUGACAUUCCGACAGGCUACGAGCGCGGCAUCAUUGAGGAGUCUGCACUGCUCUCGGAGCGGUACCCCGUGGCUGCUAGUUUCCCCACGUGGAUGACGCAGACUCGAGGCCAGCUCACCGAACAAGGGUUCAAGCUUGACGUGAUGGCCUACCUGGCAACGUCAGCUGGAGGGCUCGCCCGAGACAACGACCUCGCGCCCAACACACUGCUGCAGAACAUGUGCAUCACCAAGAGUCUCGACCACAUCGAGAAGGACGAUUUCGUGCAGGCCUGCAUGACCAGGCUCGAGCACGGUGCCUAUCUCGCUGCCAUCUUCGUGCGGCACGAGGGCCCGGGAUUCUGGAUCCAGCCAGCGCGCUUCCACACUCCGCAACCUCUCCGGCCCGUGUUCUACUGAGGAGGGAGUUCGAGCGAGUAGGACCGAAGCGAGUCAUGUACAUCAGAGUGUUCACAUGCAAUCUAUUCCCUCAUUCUUUGCUAUGAAGGAGCCGGUCGCAGAAUCG